AUGGGGUUUGGGGAAUUUAAUGCAAUAUGCCAGAAGGCAGCGGUCCCUCUAUGUUCUUUGGUGGGACCAGCCUCGUCGAUAUCAGGCGCAACCGGCAUCAUACCCAAUUGUUAUGCGCGGAACAUUGAGUUGGCCAAUACGAUCAUCUUUGAGGGCGCUGCUUCAUUUAUGCACAUUAUUGCCCUGGUUAUGACGGUUAUUAUGAUUCUGCAUGUCAGAUCCAAGUUUACUGCAGUUGGCCGCAAGGAAAUUAUUACAUUCUUUUAUAUAUACAUGGCCUUAACGAUCGUCUCUCUAAUCGUCGACGCAGGUGUCGUUCCCCCAAGAAGUAGUCCUUUCCCCUAUUUCGUCGCUGUCCAGAAUGGCCUGGUUUCCGCGCUAUGCACCUGCUUACUCGUCAACGGGUUUGUGGGCUUCCAGCUCUACGAGGACGGCACUGCACUGUCAGUCUGGCUUCUACGACUGACUUCUGUGACUAUGUUCGCUAUAUGCUUUCUCGUGUCUCUCUUGACCUUCAAAUCGAAGGGAGGGCUGAGUCCCACCAAUACCAUUGGCUUGUUCUUGGUCCUCUAUGUCUUCAAUGCAAUAUGCGUUGCGGUAUACUUGAUUAUGCAGCUCUUCUUGGUCAUGAAUACCCUCGACGACCGCUGGCCGCUGGGCCACAUUGCCUUUGGUGUCCUUGUUUUCAUCGCCGGACAGGUUAUUCUCUAUGCUUUCGGCGAUACGAUCUGUAAUAAGGUCCAGCACUACCUGGACGGCCUUUUCUUUGCUACGUUCUGCAACCUUUUGGCAGUGAUGAUGGUAUACAAGUUCUGGGACUAUAUCACCAAGGAAGACCUCGAAUUCUCGGUGGGCAUUAAGCCCAACAACUGGGAAGUCAAAGAGCUUCUCCCAGGCGAUGAGCGACGAACAUCACUAUACCAGGAUUCGGACUAUGCUAAUAGCUGGCACCACCGGUCUUCGAGCUAUGGCCGUUAA